AAGGAAGUGAAAAUCUGUCUGUGUGUACCUCCUUCCUGGUUUGGCAGAAGCAGACAAAAUGUUGGGAAUUUAUAAGUUGUCACUGAGACCCAAGCACACAUAAUGCUAAAAAAGGAUUACUUUAGAAAAAAUCUGCUUCGUGUGAAGCAGCUGGCAGAUCAGGGGCUAGGAAGAGCUUAUAAAACUGCUGUCCUCACAGAUGACCUGCUGACAUGUGAAAAAAGAGUUGAGAUUUUCAAGCAAGUAUGCCAGGUUACAGUGAAGAAGUUCUCUGCCUGUAUGCAGGGGGAGGGGAAAGACCUGGACAAGAGAUUGAAAAAGAUUCCCGAGUCUCAGUUGGGGACCAGUAUGGCAGAAUCUGCUGCAGCUCUGGGAGAAGAGACUCUGAUGGGGAGUGUAUUUGCAAUGUGUGGGGAAGGGGAAGGAAAAAUCAGCCAAGCAUUACUAGACUACGAGAUGAAUGUAGAGCAAGAUGUGAUCUCACCAUUUCAGUCUUUGCUGGAGAAUGAGAUUCCUAGUAUCACUAAGACAAGGAAACAGCUGGCCAAGUUGACACUUGAUAUGGACUCUGCCAGUAACAGGUGGCAGACUGCAGUGCGCCAGUCCCAUGCCACAGGUACAAACAUGGCUCAUGCGGCGGCCAAAGCCGAAACAAUCAAAGACGAAAUGGAGGAAGCUUCACAACGAGUAGAACAGUGCAGAGACGCUUUAGCAACAGAAAUGUUCACUUUUAUUUCAAGAGAGGCUGAAUACUGCCAAAGACUACUAACCUUUAUUGAAAACCAGGCUCAGUAUCACAGGAAUGCACUGGAGUCUUUAGAGAGAAUAAUACCUGAACUUCAGGGACAAAUAGACCAACAUCCUCUUAAACCUGUCUAUGGCUGUCCACUGGCUGAGCAUCUGCAUGUGACAGAGAGAGACAUUGCUUCAGUUAUAGAAGACUGUGUGUGUACACUACUAGAGAUUGGGAUGGAGGAAGAAGGGUUAUUUAGGGUUGCAGGUGGAGCUGCAAAAGUGAAAAAAUUAAAGGCAGCUUUUGAUGCUGGCAUAGUAGAUAUGAGUGAUUAUGUUCGCGACAUCCACUGUAUUGCUGGUGCUUUAAAACUUUACCUUCGGGAACUCCCCGAGCCUCUCUUAACAUAUGACUUAUACGACGAGUGGAUGGCAGCGGCACAAAUACAAGAUCCAGAUCAGAGGCUACAAGCUUUAUGGAUGACGGCAAAUAAAUUACCAAAACCAAACUACGAUAAUUUAAAAUAUCUCAUAAAAUUCUUGGCCAAAUUGGCAGAAUCUUCAGAGGUGAAUAAAAUGAAUGCUAGCAAUAUAGCUAUUGUGAUAGGACCAAAUUUGAUAUGGCCCAGUAAUGAUACAGGGCCCAGUGUUCUCACUGCUUCCACACAAUCCUCUAUCACAGAAUCUUUUGUGACCCAUGCUGAGUGGUUCUUUCCUGGAGAGAUCGCUGAUAUAGAACUGGCUUCACCCACCAAUGAGCGCAGCAGAAGCCUGGGGUUCCAGUCAAGACAGGCCGAGAAGAGUGAGGUGCCCCCUGGUGGAGACGAAGAAGAACAGUAUGGUUCAGCAACUAAGGGGACUUUUCAUCGCCAGGAUUCCUUGAAGGGUUUCCAGCCCUCUAUGGAGACCCUGCCAGAAGACCACACAGCGGAGGAAGGUGAAGGUGAACAUAAACUCCCCACCACAGCCUCUGACAAUCAGUUACUCUUGGCCCAGUCAAAUAAGUCCCAACAGGGCCACUCUGAUGUGGAGGCCAUGGAUCUUGCUGAUCACACCAUCAGAGAAAAUCUGCCUUACAUUCCUGCCCCGCCUCCCCCGCGAGGAUUUCACUCUGACAUCUAUGACACAGUGUUUACGUUACAGUUAUUGGGUGCUGGUGGUUGCUCAGAUUAUCUAACCAAGAUGCGCUCCAUAUGGGAUGGGAAAAAUAAGCGCAAUUCAUUUGCAGGAAUGCCGUCUUCAGAAAUGGACUUUAAUGUCUCAGGAAGUGGGUCAGAUUCCUCCUCCACGCACAAUCAAGGGUUACCAUACGCUGUUCUGCCGCCAAGUCCAAAGUUGGAGCAAGACUCCCAGGCUACGGCGAUGGCAGCGUCACCACCACCAUUUAACCAAUCACCAGGGGCUGGAAUGGGACAGUUAAAUGUGACGCCUCCACAAAGUGAAACCAGUAUGAGCUCCAGCCUUGAAGUGUCUCCCAGUCCUAAAAUAUCUAGACGAACAACAAAGAAGCAUGCUCCAGCACCUCCAUCUGACAAGACACACAAAAGACAAUAUUCAGACUCAAAACCAUAUGGACAACAUGUUGAACAAUCUCCUCCAAACCAGUCAACAGCCACUGGCAACCAGGAGGUGCCUCAAAUCCAGGUGCCAUCUCCAGAAACUUCUCCACACCAGACAGGAUCACUAGAAAGGCCAAAGGUGGCGCCACCUGACAGACCAACAGGGAAACCUCCAGAGAGACCAGAAAGGCCACAUGCACCUUCAGAGAAAAAGAAUGCAGCAGUUUUAGAGAGACCAUCAGGGACGUUAAAUGAGCCCCCUAGGGCACAGGGGGAUACCGUAGAUGCAUCACCCUUUAGCCAGCCACCCCCUUCUCCUCCCGAGCGCCCCAAAGUUCCACCCCCUGACAGGCCUCAUUUACCACCCCCAGAGAGGCCUCAUCCACCAGCAAAACCAGGCUCUAUGAAACCAGCCCGCCCUCAGCCUCCACCCCCACCCCCUCCUGCAAAAGGGAGACAAAAUAGUGAAUCGGAUUCUACAAAACUCUGACCUGUGACAGGAAUUUUUUGAGAUCUCUGAAUGAAUUGUAUGUCAACUAGACCAGCUCUGUCCCACUGCUGCUGCACCCUUGUGUGGAUUUUCCAGUGAAUAUGUGUAUGAAGACACAUGCAGGACCGGUCUAGUUCCGAGGUGGUUAACUCUCCUCUCAUUCACUGAAAUUUCAUAGUACGUAAAAAUCCAGGAUCAUUUUGCCUGUGUCAGUUAUAGAGGGAGCACUGUGUACUGGUAUUAAUGCAACUGCUGAAGAUUGCAGAGAUCCAACUUUUUAGUACAGGAGAAUAUUCCUUUUAACACUACAGAUAUUGGAUAUGAUACAAGGCAAUAUGCUAGGAAAUUGUUUCAUAGCAGAUCUUAAACAGGGUGAAGCCCACAGAAGCAAGUUAUUUUUUUCCAAAGCUAAUUGCUGCAAGGUGGGAAGUGACGUUGCAGUAGAUCAAUACAACUUGUAAGAAAGUGAUGACGAUAAUGAUAUUAUCACCAACACCAUAAAAGACUUAAAACUGGAUCAUUAAAAACAUGACAAAUAAGUUUUGAAGAUGUUUAUAAUUGUAUGCAGUAAAGGCACAUUUUACAUGCUUGGAAUUUCACCUUUUCAAAAGUAUGCUGCGGGUUGCUACAUUUGUGAUGGUUAUUAUCCCUAUAAAAAAGAAAUAGAAAAUUAUAAUUAUAAUAGUUUUGGCAAUAUGACCGUGCUGCAGCUUGUGUAAAGAACACUCCUGGCCAUUGUUUAUUUUAUAAACUAAAUGAAAUCCAUGAGUUAACUUUAUUUGUACAAGGUCAGAUGACGUCCCUAACAACAGACUUUAUUAAAGAAUCGACAAAUAAUAUACAAUCCAUUACUGGAUAUUCAUAUAUGUGAUGCUGUGAAGAGUUUGCUCAUGAAUAUUAUGAUAUUUUGAAGCUGUGUUUGUUGAAGAUAAGCAAAUUAGAUACUGGUGUGCAAUUAGUUAAGGCAAGGUGUGAUAAAUAAGAGCAGAGCAGCUUUUUGAUGUCUUUUCAGUUAACCAGUUCUGUAUGAAAUUUUCCUUUCUGCUUAGGUAUGAAAACAAAAAUUAAAAAAAAAAAAAAUAGCAAGGAGAAUAUUUCUACACCACAUUGAAAAUCAGUUUUUUUUUUUCAUAUUUUCCACAGGGUUGUCACUCAUGUACUUUAAUCUGCAAUAUCAGGAGCUUCCAGUGUUUAUCUCUACCUAAAUGCAUCCAGAAGUUGCACCCAAAGCCAUUUCUCUUUGUUUGGGUGUGAACCUCUUCCUGAUUACUAUGGUGUUUGUGUCCCAUUACACAGCACUUUAUUUAAGAAGAUAGCAUGCACGUUCAGAUUCUGGUGUAUAUUCACUGCUAAUGGGCAACUUUUUCUCAAUCAGAUAUCUAAUUGUUUGAUAGAUAUGAAAGAUCAUGAUAAACAGAAAAAUUAGUUUUUUUUUCUUUUUUUAUAAGAGAUCCUUGUGUUGUCAUAACAAUUUAUCAUUCAGAACAAUUGAGCAUUAUCAGUUAAUUUAAAAUUGUUAAAACUUUAAAAUAUGUGCAUGCUUUCAUUACAUAUUAAAUAUUAGCAUAAACUAUUUUUGCAAUAUCCUGUCCCCAUUGUACAGGCUUUUUCCAUUUGUUAUAUCACAUAUUUACCAACAGUUUAUGAGUUGAUACUGCUCUUUAUGUAUACACCCUAUUUGUCUUAUUUUCUACAAAUGGUGUACAAGGUGUGUACAAUAUUGAUAAAUCAGAAAGGAAUGGAGCAAUCUAUGUGAGAGCAACUCUCAGUUACGACUUUGAGAGAAAUAGUUGGAGGGUUCCUUGAUUGAAUGAGACGUUUUUAUCACAAGGUUUUGUGCAUUAGUAUAUGGUUCACUUGUAAAGAUAUGUAUGGACUGAAUUAAAUGAUUUAUGUUAAAUUA